AUGCGGGAGAACCUCAUCCGCUGGGAAACCCUCUUUGAUCUCACAGAGUUCGCGCAUGACCUUGUGGGUAAUGAGGCUGAUCCGGGCCCCUUCUCACAACCACCAUACUCACCACCUGCAAAGCCGGUAAAGGACAAUGACCUGAUAUCUGGUGAAGAGAAUGAUGUUGAGGUUACAGCAAAUAGAAAAGAUACGAUUCUAUCGGGAGAAACAUACGAUGUGAAUAGCUGGGAGAUGACGCCGGGGUUCCUACGCAAGUUGGCAUGGGCAAUGGAGAGAUGUGGAGAAUUGAUGAGUCAAGUAACCGCUGGAGAAGGAUCAGAGGAGAAGGAACCACUACACAUCUUGGUCUUUCCUGAAAGCCCGAACUGA